AUGUAUCACCAGACUGCGCUCUUCCAGGAGAUGUGGCGUCAAGGGGAAGCCCCGCAAGAUUUCAAAGACGUAACCAUCAUGCAUCUCUACAAGCAAAAAUGGAACCACCAAUUCUGCGACAAACAACGAGGCAUUUCCUUGCUAAACAUCGCCGGGAAGAUUGUCGCUCGCAUCCUUCUCAACCGCCUCAAUAACCACCUGGAACAGGGCCUUCUGCCGGAAAGCCAAUGCGGCUUCCGUCGUCAUCGUGGGACCACGGAUAUGAUCUUCGCCGCCCGCCAACUUCAGGAGAAGUGCCAGGAGAUGCGGACCCACCUGUUCUCUACCUUCGUGGACCUGACAAAAGUCCUCGACACGGUGAAUCGUGAGGGACUGUGGAAGAUCAUGCAGAAAUUCGGCUGUCCGGAGCGAUUCACCCAGAUGGUACGUCAGCUGCACGACGGUAUGAUGGCGCGAGUCACAGACAGCAGAGCCGUCUCAGAGGCAUUCGCAGUGACCAACAGAGUGAAGCAGGGAUGCGUGCGGGCGCCUACCCUCUUCAGUCUCAUUAUCUCUGGCAUGCUGAUGGACGACUACCGCAACGAACGCCCUGGAAUCCGCAUCGCCUACAGGACGGACGGUCACCUGCUGAAUCAACGACGGAUGCCCUUCCAGUCGCGCGUAUCCACAACCACCAAGCACGAACUCCUCUUCGCCGACGACUGCGCCCUGAACACCACCUCGGAGGAGGAGAUGCAACGCAGCAUGGACCUAUUCUCCGCCGCCUGCGAGAACUUUGGGCUGGUCAUCAAAACGCAGAAGACGGUGGUGAUGCAUCAACCGCCACCCAACUCAGCCACAGCCCCCAACGCGUCGCCGCAAAUCAGCGUAAACGGAACCCAACUGCAAGUGGUGGAGAACAUCCCGUACCUGGACAGUACCCUUUCCCGCAACACCAAGAUCGAUGACGAUGUCGCCAACAGGAUCUCGAAAGCCAGUCAAGCCUUCGGUCGUCUCCAAAGCACAGUUUGGAAUCGUCACGGACUUCAACUGAGCACGAAGCUAAAGAUGUGCAAGGCCGUCAUGCUGCGCCGCUACUGUAUGGAGCGGAGGCUUGGACGGUGUACACAAAGCAGGCACGCCGACUGAACCAAUUCCACUCAGUUGUCUUCGUCGCAUCCUGAGGCUGAACUGGCAGGAUCGAAUCCCCGACACUAAUGUGCUGGAACGAACGGGAAUCCUCAGCAUCUACACCAUGCUGAGACAAAUGCAACUGCGCUGGGGCGGCCAUCUGGUGCGCAUGGACGACGAGCGUUUAACCAAACGACUCUUCUACGGAGACGUCGCGACGGGUUCUCUCCGUCAAGGAGGCCAAAUUCGCCGUUACAAGGAUACCCUGAAGUCCUCCCUGAAGCGCAUGCAAAUCAGCACGGCCAACUGGGAAGAGCUCGCACUCGAUCGACCGACCUGGAGGAGGACAGUGAAGACAGGCGCUGCGAUCUACGAAGCCAAUCGCAUCCCUGCCGCCAAGGUGAAACGCGAAGUCCGCAAAUCCCUACUUCGCCCAGUACGCAAGGCAGCCGCACAAUCGCUUCCAACGUGUCCCCGAUGUCAACGGACAUCCCGAGCUCGAAUUGGACUUGUUGGACACUUUCGGAUCAACUGCGCCUCUCGAACUGCACCAACCAUCUUCCCCCCGCCCGCCUCUUCCUCAUCCUCUCCGUCGCCAACUAACUCGGACAAUUCUUCUGAACCAGCACUUCCAUCCAUCUCCUCCUCCUCCUGCUCCUCCUCCUCCACUGCUCCAACGACGGCCGCUCAGGCGACUGUCACGCGCGCAACAACAGACACCACCCCCACCUCUGCCGACUCCAGCGAUGAGGAUCAGGACUACACCUGCGCACACUGCGACCGCAACUUCACCUCACGCAUCGGCCUGGUCGGUCAGUUGCGAAUCCAUCGCACAUAGACUGGCGAACCAGUGCCUGGAACACCAACCUACACCCACCGCACUCGCCUUCACUGCCCACACUGCCCUCGCACCUUCCGGCAUCGCAUGGGUUUAUUCGGUCAAAUGCGCAUUCACGAGUGCGGAAUUGACCACAAUUCCGACACACCCACCACAUCCAACACACCCACCAGGCCCAGCACCACACUCGCUCCAUCGCCCUGCCCGCCCAUCACCACCACCACCAUCACCGCGUCCUCCGUAACUGACACUGCCGCCGCCGACUUCACCUGCCCACAGUGUUCACGCACAUUCACCUCUCGCAUCGGCCUGGUCGGUCACUUGCGAAUCCAUCCGCACAGAGACUGACGAACCAGUGCCUGGAGCACCAGCCUAUACCCACCAAGCUCGUCUCAACUGCCCACACUGUCCUCGCACCUUCAGACAUCGCAUGGGCUUAUUCGACCACAUGCGCAUCCACGACGACCUGCGGUAGACAACACCCAGCCACACCACACAUUCAUUCACUCCCUACCUCCCACCACACAUCAACACUCCCACACCUCAUGCACCCAACUGCCACCUUCCACGCAAGUGGGAAGUGUGCAUCUCGACUCGGUCCCCAUGCGGCUUCGGCUGCAGGGGUAACUUGAGUCCGAGACUAUCCCGACACGUCAAGCGUCGUGGAUAGGAAUGUUGCUGAUUAACGCCCCCACUCGUUCCCCGCAGUCCGUCCGUUUGUGUGUGUGUUGUGUGGAGUGGCGGACUGGUGGGCUGGGGACGGGCUGAAUCAGCACCUCACACGACACUCUCACGCAAGUGAGAGACACGCCGUUCAACCCCCGUUGUGUGAAAUCCUGGUGCUUGUGUGUGUAUGGGGGGCCAGGUCGUGCUGUGGCGCGCGCAGGCAUGGUCCGUCGGUCAUGCCAGCCACCGCGCCAAUUUCCCAAUCCAGUCUGCUUACCGGCUCGGACAGCGGCUGGGGUGUGGGAGUGGUAAUGGAGAGUGAGGUCGACGACUCAGCACACUUUCUCCUCACUGUAAACAAUGUGACGCGCUUGAAGCUAUCACGGUGCGCUAAAAGCCGUGGCUUGGAAGGUUGCCAACUGACGGGGUACCUUGGACCACCUCCUUAACGGGAGGCGGUCUGAGAGUCAGGCUGCAAUGGCUCCUUUUUAAUGUGGCCUUUAUGGCACUCCCACCACAAUGUGGGAUCCGAGCCAGGCGUUGGCGGCACGCCUGGGUGCGGCUUCGGCCGUGCCAGCCUCCAAAUCUCUGUUGUGUUGAUUGAAAUUCUUGUCAUUUGUUGUGUGGACCAGGGGGUGUGGUGGAACGCCAAGGUGAGGAUCCGUCCGAGCUAUCCACCUGCGGUCUCCCUCAUCUCCGGUCUUCUUGACUCUGUCUUGAGUCCGGGCCCAGGCGGGGGAGGAGGAGAGAGUGAAGGUAGAUGCAGCGCAAGUCUACCCGCACUAUAAACCCCUGCGCAAUUCACCGUCCCUGCUGCCACCUGCUGUGGGACAUAAGGUGGACAUAAUUGAAAUCGAUGGUCGAACUGUCGUAACUAAGUCAUUUCUCAGAAAAUUAAAAGGAUGAACUUUCUUAACUGGACCACCUGUGAGAAUGCACACGUGGAAAGCUGUCUACCAGUGAAUUACAAAUUUUCUUGACGUCAUGCAAUUCUGCACAUGUCUCGUCGUCCUUGCCAGUUAACUGUGAGACUUCAGGUGCUGGAAUAUGGUUUAGUGUGGGGGGCGAACUUUUCCGACUGUCGUCAUUGUCAUUAAAGGCGUCCAGCAGACCCACCACCAUGUUUGGUUGCAGGUAGUGAUGGCAGCUACAAGGUGCACACGUAAGUAGACGAAAGCAUUAAGAGAGAAAAUAUCAGCAUAUUGAGCAGGUUGCCUACAAAAUCCACGCCCUAUGGCUAUACAUAUGUAUAUAUAUAUAUAUAUAUAUAUAUAUAUAUAAAUUAAAAAACAGGCAUCCCAAGAAAUAUAAUUAGAAAGAUAAAGUUCUUUGGGAAACAGCACAAUUUUAUUGUGAAUUUUCGAGACUGGUUCCCCAGCUCGUCUUCAGACAAUGGGUGUGCAAAAACAAUUAACUUUUAGCCUGAGUCUAGCAAAAGGAGUCAAUGAUUGGUUAAGAUUGUCAUCUCGGUUAUCAACUAUAAGAUCUCGAAAUGGCUAUUUCGUCAACUACAUCCACUAACGAAGAACUCCGAGAACUCCAUUCAGGAUUUAAAAGAGUUUCUAGACAAAUUAAGCGGUGUCAACAUCACAUGUGACGAGAUUACGGUGUCAUUCGAUGUGGUCUCGCUUUUCACUUCGAUUCCGCUAGAUUUAGCAAAAAGCUGCACCGAAGAACUGCUUCAAACAUAUACUUCUGAGGUACCUCCAGAGGCUUUACUUCAACUCCUUGAUCUCUGUAUGGAGACAAAUUUUUCCUUCUCAAAUCAAUGCUACCGGCAAUUAAAAGGUGCCCCCAUGGGUUCACCAAUAUCCGGUUUCCUGGCAGAAGCAUUACUGCAGAAAUUAGAGAGCAUAGCCCUUCCCACAGUCAAUCUAAAACUUUGGCUGCGAUACGUAGAUGACACUUUUGUCAUCGUCAAGAAAGAUCAGUUGAAUCUACCCCAUACCAAUAUUAACUCCAUAUUUCCAGGAAUUACAUUUACUUUGGAAACAGAGGUCGAUGGACAACUCCCAUUCCUGGAUGUCCUUGUACGUCGAAAAACCGAUGGAUCACUCCAGACAUCAGUUUAUCGCAAAGAGGCGUAUUCAGAGGUCAUCCUACACUUUGAGAGUAAUCACCCUGUCUCUCACAAACGGAGUACAGUCUACAGCCUUCUGAAUCGAGCCAAAACCCACUGCUCUGACGAAACAAGUUAUCGAGCAGAAAUGAAAUACCUCUACAAACUGUUCUCCCAAAAUGGGUACCCGCAUGACUUUAUACGUCAAUGCAUGAGGUACCAGCAACUCAAGGGAAAAGGUAUUUCCAAUGCUACGGCCACUCAGGCAGCAAAACAAACCACAUGGCGAACUCUCCCAUACGUCAAAAAUGUAUCUGAACUUGUCGAAAGACAAUUGAAAAAGUACCAGAUACACGUAGCACACCAGCCGGCAACUACCUUACGCACACAGCUUGUGCACCCUAAGGACAGGGUCGGCUACCUUGAAAGAAAAGGUGUCGUCUACAAAAUCCCGUGUUCUAGUUGUGAUGCCGUUUAUUGUGGCCAAACUGGGAAAUCUGUAUCAACCCGUUUACAUGAGCAUCAGUUAGCGGUGAAGAGACGCGACCAUUUAUCCCAGGUGGCCAUGCACACACUAGACACUGGGCAUAAAUUCGCAUGGGAGAACACUCGCAUUGUUGGCGCCUGCCAAUCAAGAAAAGGCCGCGAAUUCCUGGAAGCAAUGCACUCAGAUGAGGCAUGCAUCAACCGGCAUAUCGAUUUAGAUGCCGCAUACAAAAUCGUUAAGGACAGAUUCAAACUGAGUCAGCCAAUCCCGGGAUGACAAUCUUAACCAAUCAUUGACUCCUUUUGCUAGACUCAGGCUAAAAGUUAAUUGUUUUUGCACACCCAUUGUCUGAAGACGAGCUGAAGAACCAGUCUCGAAAAUUCACAAUGAAAUUUUGCUGUUUCCCAAAGAACUUCAUCUUUCUAAGUAUAUAUAUAUAUAUAUAUAUAUAUAUUAUGAUAGUGGGCGCUCACCGAUCAGGUUACGGAACAUGCUCGUUCCGUUGUGCCUUGGGGCUCAUACUUAAACCCUCGCAGGCAGUCGCACAGCGACUAGUGAUAUAUGUUGGAAAGGUAAUACCGACAAAGACAAGGGAGACCGGAAUGGCCAUUCCGGUCUCCCUUGUCUUUGUCGGUAUUACCUUUCCAAUAUAUAUAUAUAUAUAUAUAGGCAGAAUAACAUUACCGACAAAGACAAUGGAGACUGGAAUGGCCAUUUCUGGCUUAUUAGCCGUCGUCAGCCAGCCAUACCCAAGCCCGAAGUGUGGAACACCCGAGCCUCGAACUCGCGACCUGUUGGUUUAGAAGUCAACGCCUCUACUCACCGGGCCACGAGCCCGUUGCCUUGUCGGUUUUCGAUCGGGAAUAUACACUGUUAGGGGGCGCUCACCGAUCGUUCAUACGGAACUCACUCGUUCCGUUGUGCCUUAAGAGCUCUCUCUCGAGCCCAACCAGCAGCCGCACAGCGGCGCAUGAUACAUAGGCAGAAUAACAUUACCGACAAAGACAAGGGAGACUGGAAUGGCCAUUUCUGGCUUAUUAGCCGUCGUCAGCCAGCCAUACCCAAGCCCGAAGUGUGGAACACCCGAGCCUCGAACUCGCGACCUGUUGGUUUAGAAGUCAACGCUAAUAAGCCAGAAAUGGCCAUUCCAGUCUCCCUUGUCUUUGUCGGUAAUGUUAUUCUGCCUAUGUAUCAUGCGCCGCUGUGCGGCUGCUGGUUGGGCUCGAGAGAGAGCUCUUAAGGCACAACGGAACGAGUGAGUUCCGUAAGAACGAUCGGUGAGCGCCCCCUGACAGUAUAUAUAUAUAUAUUUAUAUAUAAGUAUAUAUAUAUAUACUUAUAAAAUGUUAGGGGAGAAAUCUCGUCGGAAAAUCGAGGUAUACUCGUGAAUUUUCAAGUCGGUUACACCAACCCGUCUUCAGACGAAAAUGAAAAGUGUGAGCGAGAUAAUCCUAAUGGGGAGCUAGGGAGACAUCCAGGUUACAUCGACAAGCCGGACGUUUAUGUGUGGGGAUGAAGAAGUUGUUUGGAUAGGUGGCGGACAUUAGGGGAAGUGUUGGGUGUUCACACAUGGUUCACUCUGUGGGGGAGGUGCUGAAUCCGUGAUAUUCUACAUGGCCGUACAUGAAUUAGCAGUUGGUGUCUUAGGGUGGGCGCAAGCCGGCGAACCGUGAACGUAAGCCUUCGUAGUGAACGUCUAAGUCGACAUGGCGGUUGAUGCCAUUGUUAUUAGAGUGCCAAGCCUCUAGAAACUCUUGCGCUUGUUUGGUGUUGGCACUAGCGAUCACUUCAGUCCUCUCCCAGUUGAAGCGGUGAUCACACUCAAGGGGAUGCGCAAACACGAGAGACAAGGGGUCCCGUCGGCGGAUGGCCAACUUAUGUUCGUUAAUGUGGGUCCGAAGUCGUCGGCCGGUAUGCCCAACAUAAACACUAGAGCAGUUUGCACAUGGAAUGCGGUAAAUGACAUUUGUUUGCUGCUCCUUCGGUAUGGGGUCUUUUACCCGGGAUAAUUUCGUGCGCAAUGAAGACGCCGGUCUGUGGGCGAUGGAGAUGCCGAACUGAUUUAAUUGUCGAACGAUCGCUUCGGAAAUUCUCGGCAUGCAGUGCAGGGAAUAGAAUUUUCGUGAUGCCCUGUCUCCGUUAGAGUCGACGUUUUGUGGUUGUUGCUGGCGUCUGAGACAAUUUCUUACAAAGCUCAUCGGGUAUCCGUUGAGUCGGAAAAAGCGAUACAAGUAGGCCAGUUCUUUUUUUGAGUAAAUCGGCACUACCGCAGUAACGAUAGGCACUGUGGAAAAGAGUCCGAACACAGCUUCUUCUAUGGACUGCUGGGUGGUUCCUCUAAUAGCUCAGGAUGAUCUCAGCGUCAGAGCUUUUCCGAUGAGCUUUUGUAUGCUCACGUCUAGGAACGGGAGGGUGCCUCCUUUUGCUUCUUUAUGAGUGAAUUGUAGAGCUGGGAAGGCGCCAUUCGGGCUACUACUUCCAUCCUCCUCCUCCUCCUCCUCCUCCUCCUCCUCCUCCACCACUGCCCCAGCGACAGCCGCUCGGGCGGCCGUCUCGCACAUUACCAAUCCCGACGCAACAACCGACACCACCCCCACUACCUCCGACUCCAGCGAUGAGGAUCAGGACUACACCUGCCCUCACUGCGGUCGCACCUUCGCUUCAAACAUCGGCCUGGUCGAUCACUUGCGAAUCCAUCGCAUAGAGACUGGCGAACCAGUGCCUGGGACCCCAAUCCACACUUGCUGCACCCGCCUUCACUGUCCAUACUGCGCUGGCACCUUCACUCAUCGACUGAGCCUAUUGGAUCACAUGCGUACUUAG